GUGCAGGCAGCUCUCCCAAGUGUGUAACAUGCUGCACCCCCAUCAGCCCGCCUUCCUGGCUGUAAUGAGAUCAGUGGGCAGUGCAGCAUCAGAGAGGCUCCUGCAGCUGGAGGGGAAACUACCUCAAGCAACGGGAGAUAUACAGAUCAGAAAUAAAACUGUGAAUUCUAUAUAACGUUGUAUUGAAAACAAAAGCUUCCAAAAACGGAUGAAUUAUGGACAACAUUUCCAUGACGGAAUAUGAGGAUAUCCCAGUCUGGGAUUUACCAGAAAAUGGAACAUGUGAAGAUAGCGUAGACAUGAGUCUCAUGCUACAUUAUUCCCUUAUCCCCUCGGUUAUUUUCAUUUUAAUAUUGUCGUUUCUUGAAAAACGCAAACACAGGAAUAAAAUAGAUGACAACGUAAAAUGUCUUCAUAAUCGAUUUGCAUUUGUUGUUCCUUUAGAUCUUAUUGGGGCAUUCAAUGACCGAUGGACCUACGGCUUUGCAAUUGGAGCUAUAGCUAAUACAAUUAUUUUGCUGUUUGACCAGCAAUUUUUGCCAGCUGGAGUCCCUAGCUGGGCAAAAGGACUUGGCCUUUUAGCUGGAGCACUAGAAGUUGGACUGUCCUAUUUCCCUAUUUUUGCCUGUCUUAACGCAGAUAAUAAAGUAAUUGGACCUCUUAUAGGAUUUUUCUAUACGCUCUUUUGGUUAGCAGUCACACUGGCAGACAUUGUCAUUUGCCCUCAUGAAACUGAGAAAAGAGAAUUCGAAAAAAUAGUUUCCCACUGGCCAUCCAUUCUGUGUAUGCUGUUCCUGCUGUGCCGAUUUGUUCACAUAUUUAUUUUCAGAAAAAAACCAGAAGGUGUCUACAAGGACAAAAAUACCAUGCUACCAAAACAUCAGGCUGACCACAUCAAGAGACUUUUGAGAAAGCCUAUAGAAAAACAUAAAACCUGGUUUGCAAGACGAAUCUACAACUGGGAUCCGUGUUUUAAAUUUCCAAACAGAAUAAUUGGCACAGCAGUGUUGUCCCUGUUCUGUCUGUACAUUUUUGUUUUUGCAGAAUACAACGCCUUCAAAUUGAUUCUACACGCUUUAAAUUAUCUACAUCAAUUAUUCUUGAAAACUCAUACUGGGAUAUCUUUAGAGGAUAUAAUAAAAAAAAUUCAAGGUAUCUGGUUUUUCACAACAGUCUUUUCAUGUUUGAUAACUGCCAGCUAUGUUUUUCACAUAUUAGCCUGCUACAGGAAUCAGCUAAAGAGUCUUUGGGCAGGAAAUAAAAUGUUUCUCCCUAUGAAGUUCCAUAAGCCUACAUCUUCUCGAUGUAUUAUAGCAAUAGCAAGAUAUUCCAGCUGGCAAGUUGCAUAUAUUUUAUGGGGUUACUCAAUAAUGCAUCUCGUGCAAAUACUUGUUGGAACCAUUUUUGUACUUCUGGUUGUUUAUCCAAUAGAGAUUGGCAUUUUUUGGGAUAUGCUGAAAGACCUUCUAAUUACUUGGUUUGCUCCGUUUGCAGUCGUCUUUAUAUUGGUGACUUUGCAAACUCGACUUGCUGCAAUAUUCUUCCUGCAGGAUAAAAUUUCCGAUGAAGAUGAACAGAAACCAUUAGCUUUAAAUAACAGGAAAGCGUUUCAAAACUUCAAUUAUUUCUUCUUCUUUUACAAUGUGAUUGUUGGUUUUGGUUCUUGUUUAUCGCGACUGAUGCGUAGUUUGGUUAUUGGAAGCUGGUUAAUAGCAAGAAUAGACAGAACAAUACUGCCACCAGGAUUUGAAGGAAGGGAUUCAGGUUACAAUACAUGGAUCGGAAUGUUAUACGUGGAUCACUAUCACAGUAACCCUGUUCUCUCAGGUUUUUGUCAUGUCCUUUUUACAACAAGGGUUGAGAAAGAACCCUCCGAAUUUGUUCCUAUUACCAACUUAAAAGAACAUCAAACAUCAGUACGUGCCAAGACUAGAUGGUUUCUAUUCUACACACUUAUAAGAAAUCCCAGUAUUAUCAAAUAUAGGAAACAAUUCCAAAGGACUGGAGCUGAUGCACACUUCAUUGGGUAAAAGAUGUGGAAAUGUGUUGAGCUUUCCAAACAUCGGCUGGACAACAGUAGAAGACCGAUAUUGGCAUUUUUAAAUGUCUUCAUAGAUUGCUUUUUUUCACCAAAAUGACUUUAGGUUAUAUGUUGUGACUUGCAAAGCAUAAAUUAGAGAACAUUUGAAGACUUCUAUAAAAAUUCACCAUCAACAAGUAAAAUGUGAAAAAAAUUAAUCUUCAAGUAAUUGGAGUCUAUUCCUAUAUUGUGGUUCCCUGGGACUCGAACUGAUCACUACACUAAAAUGAUCUGAUUUGCCAUUAGCCAUUUGUUCCUGUAUACCGUAAGGCAAUGCACUUACAUCGAAUUGUUGUUCUUGUGAAUCCUGAAACUAAAGUAAACCAAAAUCAAUGAUCUGAGAACAAAUAAGUCACCCAUUUGGUCAGAACUAUGGAUGUUAAAAGAGAACAUGCUUCUUACCAAAAAAAACAAUUUCUUAACAGAUCACAAACAGAUAGUAUUAUUAAUCUUGAUCAUGUAUACUCAUUGAACAUUGAAGGAGCUUUGUUCAUACAAUUGUGCUGAAUUGUGUAUGUUUUAUAAAAUGUAUUUAUAUGUUAGCUACUUUGUUAUAAAUAUUGCUAUAACUUUAAGAUUACAUUUUAGUGAGACAAGUUAAAAGAAAAAUCAUAAAAGCACUAAAGUUGGUCUAUGCAUUUCCAGGCUUCAAUAAUAAUAUAGGUGCAGAUAACAAAUACACAAAGAAAGAAAACUUGUU